CCCACAAAACAAAGAGUUACUCUUAAGCAAACAAAAUUAACUUUAAGUUGAUAUAGAUACAUCUGUUAACUAAAUGUACGCUCUAGCGUAGAGUAACGUUAAAAACACAGACUAGAUGUACUGGGUCAGUCAGGAAUGUAGAUAUUGGGGGUUUCUAGCCUGUAAGCUAAUCACACCGCUUGACCCGUUUAUGUAGGUCUAAAUUUCUGUCCUGCUGUUCAGACGCUUCUCAUGCUGAGUCUGACCUGACGGGAAAGACCACAGGCUACGAGAGAGGAGGGGAGGCUGGGCUUUCAAAGGGAACCCUUCUGUAGAGGAGGCCGAGCAACACUGAAGUUCACUCACCACACAGGUCAGAAUGAAGGCUCUGCUCAUCUACCUUGGGUUCCUUCUGUUGAGCUGCUCGGUCCAGUCCGGGAAAGCAGCUUUGCCUGAAGACUGCUCAGAGAUUCAGAGACAGUCGCCCCAAGUGACCAGCGGAGUUUAUGAGAUCCAGCCAACUGGAGGCAACGCCCGCUUUGAGGUGUACUGUGAGAUGCGUCCAGAUGGUGGAUGGAUAGUGUAUCAGAGGCGGAGUGGACCGGUGGUGUCCUUUGCUGAGAAGUGGGACUCUUACAAAGAUGGCUUUGGAUUUCUGGAAUAUGACCAUUGGCUUGGCCUGGAGAGAGUCCAUAUUCUAACUAAGGACAAACAUAAAAAGUGGACUUUGAGGGUGGACCUGUGGGACCAUGAAGGCGGCACGGCAUAUGCCGAGUACGACGACUUCAGAAUUGGAAACGAAUCUACAGCUUUUAAGCUGCAUGUUGGGAGAUACAGCGGAAAUGCAGGCAAUGCCAUCCUUGGGACUUAUCCGGACAUCGACCAAAAUGGCUUCGGCUUCAGCACCAUCGACCACGACAACGACGGCUGCUCCCCGUGUAUAUUUGAUGACAUCAUUAACGAGGAGUGCGCCUUUACAGAAGGUGGCGGCUGGUGGUUCAGCAGCUGCGGCUCUGCCAGUCUGAAUGGUAAAUGGCGUUCUACAGGCAAUCACAUUGGCUGGGCUUCGGGUCUCCACUGGCUCACGUGGAAACCUCUCGCGCCGUAUUCAGCAAAGGCCACCAGAAUGAUGAUCAAGCCCAAUUGAUUCCGCUUUUUAUUUUGGAUUUACGUUUUUAAUUUGGCUAAUUACAGAUGCCAUGGGUCUUUGAAGAGAAAGUUCAACCAUGCAAGUUUUCAAUUAAAAAAUCAAAAUGAA